AUUGUUGCAAGGUAAUAAUGAAUGUAUAUCUAAAAUGUCUAGAGAAGUUCUUGGCAAAUUAGCAACAUGUGUCAGCUUUUCCUGUGCUCUGGAAAAGUGAAUUAACAGAUAGAUGCAACUGGACAAGUCAUCUUGAUCACGUUAGUAAAUUUUCUUCAUACGAGUUUACAAAUUUAUAAAAUUUGAAAGUUGUGUAGAUAGGUAAUCUAUUAAGAUUCUUCAGAUUCAACAGUAUGUAACGCUAUAUAAUUAAUGCACUAAAUUUGGCUGUUGAGGCCAUGCUUUUUCUAGGGAAUCUUAGAAAUCAAGUACAAGUUAUUGCUACAAUGAAGGAAUACAUAUUGUACUUAUACUUUUCAAUUUUAAUUCAAUUAUUUAAUCACACUGUUCUUUUUUGUAUUGCUACAAGCAUCCUAUGGGUACCCAGAACAAUGAUGGAAAAUAAGACAGAAGUAACACAGUUCAUCCUUCUAGGACUAACAAACGACUCAGAACUGCAAGUUCCCCUCUUUAUAGUCUUCCUCUUCAUCUAUAUUAUCACUCUGGUUGGAAACCUGGGAAUUAUUGUAUUGAUAUUCUGGGAUUCCUAUCUCCACAAUCCCAUGUAUUUUUUUCUCAGCAACUUGUCUCUAGUGGACUUUGGCUACUCCUCAGCUGUCACUCCAAUGGUCAUGGCUGGAUUCCUUAUAGAAGACAAGGUCAUCUCCUACCAUGCAUGUGCUGCUCAAAUGUACAUUUUUGUAGCUUUUGCCACUGUGGAAAAUUACCUUUUGGCCUCAAUGGCCUAUGACCGCUAUGCAGCAGUGUGCAAACCCCUACAUUACACCACGACCAUGACAACAAGUGUGUGUGUUUAUCUGACCAUAGGCUCCUACCUCUGUGGUUUCCUGAAUGCCUCCAUCCACACUGGGGACACAUUUAGUCUCUCUUUCUGUAAGUCCAAUGAAGUCCAUCACUUUUUCUGUGAUAUUCCAGCAAUCAUGGUUCUCGCUUGCUCUGAUAGACGUGUUAGUGAGCUUGUUCUUGUUUAUGUUGUGAGCUUCAACAUCUUUUUUGCUCUCCUGGUUAUCUUGAUAUCCUACAUAUUCAUUUUUAUCACCAUCCUAAAGAUGCACUCAGCUUUAGGAUACCAGAAGGCUUUAUCCACCUGUGCCUCUCACUUCAUUGCAGUUGCCAUCUUCUAUGGGACUAUUAUCUUCAUGUACUUACAGCCCAGCUCCAGUCACUCCAUGGACACAGACAAAAUGGCAUCUGUGUUCUACACGAUGGUCAUCCCCAUGCUGAACCCCCUGGUCUAUAGCCUGAGGAACAAGGAAGUGAAGAGCGCAUUCAAGAAGGUUGUUGAGAAGGCAAAAUUGUCUCUAGGAUUGUGAGUUUAACAUUGUAGGAUUCACCACAACCUAUUUCUGUCAGAUUUUCUCCAUGUUCUGAAUCACAUUUAAGGUCCACAAUAAUGUUAUAUUCUUGAUGUGAUGGCCAUGCCAGUUAAAGUCUAUUGUCUAGAUAAAAAGAAACAUUAUGUCCAGAAACAACACCCAAACAAGAAUGGCUAAGACAUCUUGGGGCUUCCUUGCCAAAACCCUUAAAGAUAUUAAUACAUUCAUUUGUUCUACAUGCAUUUUUUUCCUACCACGUCAAUGCAAAUAUACAUAAAACCAGAGCAAAAAUAAGUCCAUUAAUAGAAAUACAUGGAAGUUUCCCAUGAAAUGGGAAAUUCUCCCUGGGUAUGGAAAAUGCAUGUGGAUUAAAUGUAAUGUGGCAAGUUCUGAUGGUCAAUUUUAUGUGUCAGUUUGGCUGGAUUAAGGGAUGCCCAGAUAGCUGCUUAAACAUUAUUCUGAAUGUGUCUGUGAAGGUGUUUCCAAAAGUGAUUAAUAUUUGAAUCAGGAGACUGAGUAAGGAAGGUCUGCCCUCACCAAUGUGGGUGGUCAUUAUUCAAUCUAUUGAGGGCUUUCCUGAAAAGAACAAAAAGGUGGAGGAAGGAUGAAUUUUCUCUUUUCUUGAACUGGGACAGUCAUCUUCUCUUACUCUUGAACAUUUGAGGUCCUGGUUUUUGGGCCUUUGGCCUCCAGGCCUUAUACCAGUUCCACAGCCGUGUCCUGACCUUUCUCAGGCCUUCAAACUCUGAGUUACUCUGCUGGCUUUCCUGGUUCUCCAGUUUGCAGUCGUGAGACUUCUCAGCCUCCAAAUUCACGUGAGCCACUUCCCAUAAUAAUGUCCUUUUAUUUAUACACAUAUUUUUAUUGGUUCUGUUUCUCUGUAGAACUGUAUGUAAUACAUGAAUAUUUAAUGGAAAUAAUUUAAAUAUUUAAUUUGAGUAGCAGAAUAUAAAGUUGAGCCUAAUGCUUUCAAAUUUACUUAGCUGAAUACUGUUCCAAGAGUGCUAAUUUUAUUUUAAAAACAUAUAUUGUUAAAUGAAAGUAUAUGCUCUUCCUUAGCACAUUUGUUUUGUUUUUGUUUUUGUUUUUGAGACAGUGUCUUGCUCUGUCACCAGGCUGGAGUGCAGUGGUGCAAUCUCGGCUCACUGCAACCUCUGCCUCCUGGGUUCAAGCGAUUCUCCUGCCUCAGCCUCCUGAGUAGCUAGGACUACAGGCGUGUGCCACCAUGCCCAGCUAAUUUUUUGUAUUUUUAAUGGAAACAGGGUUUCACCAUGUUGGCCAGUCUCUUGACCUCAUGAUCCGCUCGCCUCAGCCUCACAAAGUGCUGGGAUUAUAGGCGAGAGCCACCAUGCCCAGCAUCCUUGGCACAUUUUAUCCAGAAUAUGUAAAUAUAGCAUUUUAUAUGAAUUAAUUCUUGUGUCAUUACUGAGUAAUUUUAUAGAAGCAACAUGUUCAUGUUUUAAAUCUUAAAAGGAUAAAAUAACUAGAGUACUGUGGGUGGGUGACCCGGCAAGUGCAGAGGCAAGGUUCUGAAGCCUAAGCCUGUUUCCAUAUAAAUGAUGGAAUUAGAAAUAUAAUCACAUAAGUAAUCACAGGUAUAGAUACUUUAAAAUAUAUACACUCAUUAUAAUCGUUUAAUGUUACUAAUGGUUCUCGGGUUGCAAAGUGUGAACCUAAGGUGACAUUGUGAAAGAAGUGACCCUAAGGCAAGAUGCUUUAAGCCCUCUGACACGCCCAUGUCAGGGCUGCUGGAGGGUGCCUUGGCUGUGUGGCAAUGCUGGGACAGUGCCCACUGUUUAGCCAGCUGUCGAAGGAGACGUCCAAGAUGUCUCCUUCCCUGUAGGAGGUAGGAGAAAACUCUGCUCCCCCAAGCUCUUGUGGUAGGUCUGACAGCUGUCAGGGACACCCACAGACAUCGGGGGCUUAAUUGUCUCUAUGUGAUGCUAUGCUUCGUGGUCACCUUCCAUGUCCACUUUCAUGUUCUGCUUCUGCACCUGGUUCCUCUUUUUCUUGGAAGAUAUCAUCAGUAAAAGUAACACAAAUCUUAAUCUUUGUUCUUUCUUUACAAGUGUGGAAAAAGUGCUGAUGCAUUAUGCUCCUUACCUUAUCUCUGCUACUUGAAAGACCUGGGCCCCUAUCUCCAAGACACGUGAUUUACCUGACCCGAUCACCAACCACCAUUACUUCACCCUACCUACCCUGUCCCCUGCUUUGUACUCAAUGAAAGUCAGAGAGUGCAGGCCCUCGGUGCCACUGCCGGACUCCGCACUUUGGUUGGCAGUGGACCCCUGGGUCCAAACUCUCUUUCUCUCCAUCUCUGUGUUUUGUGUCUUUACUUCCACAGUUUCUCAUCUCCACACAAGUAGAGAGGGGCUCACAGGACCCAGUAGGGCUGGACCCUACAGAGUACCAGAAAAAUUGAGUAAAAAUAAAUGGAUUUGCUAGAUUGGGAAAAUUUUUCUGGAUAAUAUCCUGAAAAGCAUUUUCCAGCUCAGAUUCAUUCUCUCCAUCACAUUCAGGUACCCCAAUCAAACGUAGAUUGGGUCUUUUCACAUAGUCCCAUAUUUCUUGGAGACUUUGCUCAUUCCUUUUCAUCCAGUAUGAGCCUUUCUAAAAAUAUACCAAAAAGUAAAAAGCAUCAACAUAAAGAAGAAUUUACAUCAACAAAUGGAUAAAAUAGCCAGUUAACAUUAAAUGGCAGUAACCCUAAAUUUAAAUCGACUAAAUCCCCCAAUCAAAAGAUACAGCCAAAACCUAACGGUAUAUCCAAAGAUACACAAAGACUCAAAUCAAAGGGUUGGAGAAAAAAUUUACCAACAAAAUGGAGAGCAAAAAUAAAUAAAUAAACAAAAAGCAGGAGUUGCAAUUCUCACAUUUGAUAAAAUAGAUUUCAAACAACAAAGAUACAGUGAUAAAGGAUCAAUGCAAUAAUAAGAGAUCUUAAUACCCAGAUACAUAAGACCCAUAAUGAAAUUUAGACUCAAUGAGACAGAAAAUUAAUAAGGAUAUCCAGGACUUCAACUCAGAUCCGGAACAAGUGAACUCAAUAAAUAUUUAUAGAGUUCUCCAUUUUAAAUACACAAAAUAUUGAUCAGCCAUUAUUAAUACCCAUUUUUAGAAUGAAGCAAUAUUCCUGUUCUCUCUCUCUCUCUUUCCUCUCCUUCUCUCGUUUUUUUACUUUUCAACAUCCUAGUUCCUCACCUCUACUUAAUACUUUCCUCUGAACACCUGAAAAAAAAGAAAAAUAAAUAAAUGGAUUUUUAACUUUGUUUGUA